AUGGCAAGUACGCUGUUAUCGACUGUUCUUCUCCGCAACGUCGGUGGUGUGAAUUCUUGUCUGGUUGACUACCUCCUUGCCACGUCAAGUUCCUGCUACGAAAUUAUCGUCUUUACGGAAACAUGGCUAAACGACCGCACCUUAUCCAGUCAAAUUAUCGGCCCCGACUAUGUAGAAUUCCAUUGCGAUCGAAGUCCCCAGAACAGCAAAAAAUCAACUGGUGGCGGAGUUUUGCUUGCCGUAAAGUCCAGACUCACGGCUCAGCUGAUCGAAGACAGUUCCUGGAACGAUUUGGAACUUCUUUGGCCACGCAUUGAUCUCGGUUACCGGAAACUGUAUUUAUGCGUAGUGUACGUGCCUCCUGAUCGCUCAAGUGAUCUGGUUGUAGCUGAGUCUUCCUCGCGCUGCCUCUCCAAAGUGAGCUCAAUCUGCUCUCCCGUAGAUGAUAUUCUUGUUAUCGGUGAUUUCAACAUGCCUGGCUUGAAAUGGUGCCCAUCCCACGGUGCCUUUUUGUUCCCAGAUCCUAUGCGCUCCUAUUUUUCGGCUCCUACCAACAUCUUCCUGGACUCUUUGAGGACCGCGACUCUUCGCCAGAUCAACAGCUUCGAAAACGAAAACGCUCGUAUGCUAGACCUCUGCUUCAUAAACGAAGGCUUCAGGAAUCUGACAAUUGAUUUAGCUCCCGCUCCUCUCGUCAAAGUUGUUUCUCAUCAUCCAGCUUUAGUGGUCUCACUCGAUGUUACUAACAUCAACGCCCCCUUAGAGGAAACUGCUCCAUUCUACCAGGACUUCAAAUACGCCGAUUACGAAGCUAUCUCUCGAGUCCUAGGUUCCAUCGAAUUGGAGAACGAGCUCGAUCUCUCUAACCCCGAUGCUGCCGCUGCGACUUUUUCAAACAUACUGAACUACAUAAUCGAUCGUCAUGUUCCGAAACGUAGCUUACCUUCCAACCCUCGAGCUUCCUGGGUCACUAACCAGCUGCGACAUUUGAAGACGGCUAAAAACCGUGCUCUUCGAUACUACAGCAAGCACAAGUCUCUCUACACAAAAGAAGAAAACCGCAAACUAAACACAGCGUACAAAAAAAGCAGCAGGCGUUGCUACCAGAACUAUCUUCACCGGCUACAACGCAAUUUUAAAACCAAUCCGAAAUCUUUCUGGAAGUACGUCAAAAAUCAGCGGAAAGAAUCCGGACUUCCGUCUCAAAUAUUCUUGAACGGCAACUCAGCAAACACCGAUCCUGAAAUAUGUAAUCUUUUUGCUGAGAAGUUUUCAAGAGUUUUCACAACUGGGUUCAUUUCCUCAGAGCAACUGGAUAUGGCUGUAAGAAAUAUUUCACCUCUAGAUUCUUCCUUAGGCGGUAUCACAUUCGAUGACGCAGCCAUUUUGAAGGCGACAGCUAAGCUUAAAAAUUCAUCUUCUACGGGUCCGGACGGGAUACCAGCUAUCUUCUUGAAACGUUCCACACCUACUGACUCCCAUUAG